AGUUGAGAGAGAAUAGUUGACAAUACACACCAUGAAAUUCACAUUCAAGUUCCCCUUGGCUCAAGCGUUAAAGUUCAAGCCAGGAAAGUUUAACUUCCAAUUAGAACAAGAAAUCAGAACCAAAUUGGAUUCAUUACCAUCCGUCACCAAAAUCUACACCAACCCUGAUGGAACACCAAGAGUUCCAACCGAUGAAGAAUUCAAGACUAUUGCUGAAUUACAAAACUUGUACUAUAAGAGAAACCACUCCGAAUGGAAUUUCAUAUUAGGUACCGUUCCUAAGGAUCAAUUAGCCAUUUACAAAGAUAACUCGCAAGAUUUGACCAAUUUUCAAUUUGUCACUAAGGACGCUGGUAAGAUCAUCGACAAGAUCCCAUAUAAAGACGAUACCACUGGUGAAUUGAAAUGGAAGGUUAUUCGUGAAACUGAAAAGGCCGAAGGGUGGGAAUUUCCAUACUUUUACAUUGUAUUGCCAAUCUUCGCUUACAUUCUUUACGUGAAAUACCAAAACCAGAUGAUAGUAAGAGAACAAGAUGGUCCAGAAUGGGCUGAAAGAGAAUUGAGAUUAAGAGCUAUGGAAGACUACUUCCAUGGUGACACCGAAAAGGCCAAGAAGUUCUUGAGCAACGAAGGUAAAUCAGCCAGAGAAAUUAGAGAUAGAGAUGACUUGGUGGUUGCUAGAAUCUUGGCUGGUGACUAUGACAAGUUGGCUCAAUUGAAGAAGAACAUGCCAAAGGAUUUCCGUAGGUUUGAAGAAGAUCCUGUUCUUAAGAUCUAAUCACCUCAUAUUUAUUCAUUCACCUUCACCCCCUUAACGAUAUCUGAUCAGAUUGAAAAAAUGUAACCUUAGCUAAUCAUGGUUUUUGUAUUUACAUAGCUUUUAUAUCAGUCAAAUGCAUUGCAUCUAUAUAUUUAC